AUGUCUGAUACGAAUACCACCUUAUCAACAGAAGGUAAUCACUCUCCUUCAGAAGGGAUUCACUCUUCGUCGGAAGUGGAGUCAAAUCAUGACCGUCAAACUACACAUCCUCACAGCCUCAAGGAGGCUGCGUCUACGGAACAUACUAGUAAUAAGUCUCUUGCUAUUGACAAACAACAAGCCACAAAGAAACGGAAUGCUAUUAGAGAAGAGGCCAGGGACACUCCAUCAACCAAUCCUACCUCCCCUGAGGUAUUUGCUUCCGAAGCCUCGGGUCCAGCUGAUGGCACCAGCAUUAUUGCUGAAGAUGGUGACUCGGAUCGCAAUAGUGACAUUUCUAUGGAAGAGAGAUCUAUUGAUAAGCUCAGACGACACCAUCGUUAUAACAGAGCUGUUGUGGUGUCCACUGACAAUGUCAGUGCCAUCCUUGACACCAUUGGUAUGAAGGACGACUCAAUAUAUGGAUCGAGAGUUGUUGAGAGCUUGGGUUGCAUAAUCCUUUUCUUCAAAAACGCCAAGUUGCUAACCUCUGCAGUUACUGCUGCAUCCAGAGCCAAAAUUCCAAUGUUCGCUCAAACCACUAAAACAGCUUACAAAUACCAAAUUGGCAAAGAUCUCAAUGCAAGCAACAUCUCCAAGCUGGUUAAAAAACUUGGCCCUACCAUAGUAACCCUCAACGUCAGUAACAGAAAUGGUAGUGAAUAUUGGGCUAUGGGAACUAGUGCUAAAAUAUCCACGGCAGACUCUAAAAGCUUCAAACUUUCCAAGGUCAACACAGACGAAACCAUAUUUAGAAUUGCUUUUCCUGGUAAAGAAAAAGACCUGUACAAGCUAGUCAGUGCUGUCAGUACCCAGUGGAAAGUACGUGUUGUCAAAGCUACCCUUAAUAACAAAGUUGCCUAUCUCAGUAUCAACAAAAAAGAAAUUACGAACAAUGUAACUGAAACUAUUAAGGUCAAAAAUCAAGCAUUCAAAAACCUGUCCUUUUCUGCCAAGGUAGCCAAAUCUAUUGCUCACAGAAUGGCCAAUGUGGAAACCAAAAUAUCAGAACUAACCACCACCAUGUCCAUGAUCAAUAAGACUGUAGCUAGAUUUAAGAUUAAGGACAUACUUGACAUAGUAACCGUCAGAGACGUAGAAGAUCGUAUUAAUAUGAGCAACACUGGUUUGUCCUUCAAGUUAGCAACUGCUAACUUUGCAGGUACUGGAUGGGUAAAGCAAUCCCAAAUGCUUUCAUUUAUUGAAGACCAGUCAAUACAUGUACUUAAUGUACAAGAAACCCAUCUACCAAGCUCGGCCCUUAGUGAACACUAUUGGCAAAACAAACACUUCAGAUCCUUCUUUUACCCUUCCCUUGUCUUUACCUCCAACGCACCAGAGACUGACAAAGGAGCAGGCGUUGCUACAAUUGUAAAACCAUCCCCACUCACGAAAGUUCUUACUUUCAUCGAGCAUGUUGUUGGCAGAAUCACUGAGCUCAUUUUAGAGCAUAAACAGUUGGGAGUCCUCAGAAUAUUUAAUUGGUACGGACCUGCAAAUGACUAUAACAUCAACAGACAACAAUUUAUGAUUAACACUAUCAAUAUCCUUACACCUAUCAUCCAAUCCUCAGUGCUUCACAAUGAGAGAGUGAUUAUAUUAGGUGAUCUGAAUGCCACAACCACAACCUACACCAAGACUUAUCAUGGGCCACAUGAGAAACAACUUGCAGAGUUUUGCAAUUCCCUUAGGCUCUUCGAUAUAGCACCAGCUAUCAAUCGCCCCUCACACCAACAACGUAACAAACAGUCACAAGGUUUCUCAAGACCGGACCAUAUUAUAUCUACACAUGCUGACCAUGUAGACUGUGAGGACAUUGAUACACCUCAUGCCCACAAAUUGCUCACCAUCUCAUACACCUUAGCUAACAACUUUGACUUCCCAGAGAAGUUUAACAAGGUGUCUAUACCAGCUACUGUCUUGUCUAGAGAUUCCAAAGCCAUCAAUGCUACCUUUUUAACCAAAAGUCCCAAAACACUUAAAGAGGUCCAAAAAGUAUUACAAGAUAUCACAGUACAAUAUGGAAAAGUGGUUAAUGAUAAACCAAAGCUCAUCACAAACAACAAACGAAUAAUCCAACUCCAAAAGUAUAUCUUUGAAAUCAAACAACUAUCUCGACACAAAAGAGUAUCCAAUAUAACAGCUCAAUUCUUAGAAGGCAACUUUAGCUCCAACAAUGUAGAACUAAAACUCAAGCUAGCCAAACAAGAGCUUAACUCUUUGAUUGGUACUUUAUUGGCAAAUAGAAAGAAAGUUUUUAUGGAAAGAGUGAAUAAUCUUAGUUCCAAAUACCCCUAUUCCUAUGCAUUCAGAAAGGAACUAUCAUGCUCUUCUAUUCUUGGCAUUGUCAAACACAACCACAACAAAACCAUCUCUAAACACUUCGAAGACAUGAGCAAUACAACACAAAAAGUCACCAAAGCCCUCCCUGACAUUAACAAAAACAGGAAACUCAAGUCAUGGAGACUCACUCAUAUCUCAGUUAAAGAUUUAGGAAAAACCAUCAAGAAGACUAAAAACUCCAUGGCUGGCUAUGACAACAUCUCAGUGCCCCUUAUUAAAGUGUUUCUUAAAAGAAAACCAACAAUAAAUAAACUAAUGGAUAUAAAGCUCACACUACAACUUCUACCUAUUCUUAGGUAG